CUUUCCCACCUUUUGUUUUUUUUUCGUCGUUUCACCCACGACUCGCAGGCUGCGCGUUUUCCUCUCGUCCACCAACCCGCGACCACAACCACGAACCAUCGAUACCGUCAUUUAUACAGCCAUCUCCGACACGUCAUCUGCGAGCCGCACCGCGUCCCCCGCGAGUCUCGCGUGUAAGUGCACCCGCCGACCCGUCCUCCCCCUGCCCGACACCCACGACCGCGCCUCCGCUCGCUCCGGCCGCGACCACAACACACCCGCCAGACCGCCACAACGCGUUUCUCUCGCCCAGCAAAUGGUCCUCGAGGUUCUACAGAACCACUUGUACGGUUGAAGACAAGAUUGGCUGGAUUUCAGCCCCGCCGCGCAAUCGGAACCUCGAAUCUUGGACCAUGCCAUUGUAGCCUACCGCCAACAUGGUCCUUUUCAAGCGUAAACCGGUGCAGUUUCUGGCUCCCAAGGACGUCAAGGAUGACAAUGCAGAGGUCUGGCAUAUCCCACAGACCGGCGAGGUCUUUGCCCAAUAUGAAGAUUAUCUUACUAGAAUGGAUUUCUACAAACAGCGGCGCUUCAUCUGCCAGAUCACAGGGCACUCCGGCCUGACGUUUUUCGAAGCACUCAAGAGCGAACUCGCCGGUGCCGAGGAGGUUGAGCAAGCCUUCCCCGAAGCCCUCAAGGGCCCCGUCCUGCGUCGCGUCCAGUUCCAAACGGUGUCCCGAAUCGAUGCGCUGGUCGACUUGGUGUUUGACGAGUUCAGAGCCGACUACUACCCCGGUGAGGCUGUGACCGUCAGCACGGCCGAGAGCGAGAGAUUACAGGGCGUCGUGCGAGAAAAGACCCGGUUCGGCGGCAAGAUUCUGCCAGACGGCACCCAGACCGCCCCUUACACACGCUAUACGGUCAGCUUGGAGGAUCGCCCGGGUGUCGAGGCCGUGGUUGACGACGACCACAUCUUUCGCGAUCGCAAAAUAUUUACAAAGUCGGUUCUGCGCUCCUUCAUCAAGAAGACGGUGACGCGUGAGGCAUGGAACGGGGCGCCGUGGCUCGUGAAGCACGAUGUAGCGGCACAGUACCACAUCGACUCCCGGGUCCCGCCUCACCUACGCUACGAUACCAAGUUGAUGGAGAGGAAGCAGCUGCAGGCCCAGAAGCGCGCCAGCCAGACUCCGACACAGGACGGCAACGGCACCAACGGCGUCAACGGCGCCAUGCAGAACGGACCUGCGCGGCUGCCCGAGCUGAAGCCCGCAUUCAAGAGCCAAAAGGGCAAGCAUCAGUCGCCAGAGUUCCCCCAAGGCCAGAAUGGUUCGCCAAACACGGCGUCCGAGGCUGGCAUCUUCCACGCACCACCGCACAAGAACCCCUUCCAGCUGCCGCUCAACUUCCGGAAUCAACCGCUGCCGCACUCCAUGACUGCGCCCGAGCCACCGCCGCCGCCACCACCACCAAAGUACCCCAUUGAGGAUCUCCAGGUGCCUCUGAGGGAGGGCGUCGUCAGGCCCGCCCUGGCGUUCCUCUGCAACGACCCCCCGACCGCCUCCGACGUAGCCGUGAACGGCAGCGCCAGCAUACGCGACAAGCUGUCGAUGAAGUCGAUUGGUUCGUUUUUGGAGACGUGGGACACCCUGAAUGUGUACUGCGAGAUUUUCAAGCUCGACUCCUUUACGUUUGACGACUUUGCGGAAGCCAUGUCUGUUGCAUCAGAGGAAACCAAGGUCCAGCUGUUUGAGGAAAUCCACUGUGCCGUGCUGAAGCAGAUUGUGAGCGCCGAGGCAGACGGCGGCAAGGUGAACGUCCAGCUGCCCGAGCUGGAGGAUGAAGAGGAGGACUCCGAGGAAGAAGAGGAUGAGGAGGAGACCAAGGAGCCGACCCCGGAAACCGAUCGGCCGCCUGCAAGAGCCACACGAAGCAGUCUCGCUAAAGCCGAGGCCGAGAGGCUGCUGGCCGAGGCGAGGGCUGCGGAAAAGGAAAGCCAGAACGUGGAGCCCGAGAUCAAGCACCGCGCCGAGGACCUGCUUGAAGAGUACGACUGGAUCGAGGAGCUCAGGAAACGCAAUUUUCAAAACGGCGGCUGGGAGAGAAUCGUUGUCGGUCUGCUGCACCAGCUCUCCAAGAACGAGAGGAUGGAGGAGGCGUGCGAAGAUUUGCUCGCCCAGCUGUGUCCCCCCGACGAGGACCCUACCCAGGAGACGGUGCAGGAGCACUAUGCCAGACUCGACGUCAACUACCGUGUGCAGGCGCUACAGAUCAUCUGCAUGCUCACAACGCAGACCAAGGCGAUGCGCACCUACAUGGAGGAAUGCAGCGAGCAAAUGACGGCGUUCCGCAAGGAAAAGAUUGACUGGCAGCGGCAGAGGAAGCAGGCCAUCGAGGAACUGCGUGCUCUCAACGACCAGCGCAAGAUUAUGCUGCCCGACAACAUGCCGCCGUCGCCGCCUCCCGAGCCAAAGGCAGACGAGGACGUCAAGAUGACGGACGCAGACGAGUCGGCAGCCGACGCCGCCGACGCCGAGGACGAAGUGGCCGACUCUGACGAGGAGGGAGCACCCCGCCGGAACUUUCGCCGCGCCAACGACCGCGCCGCAGAGAGGCAACGCAAACGCAAGGAGGAGCUGGAGCGGAAAAUAAAGGCGGCCGAAGCCGCCAAGGCACCCAAGCAGUCGAAGCAAUUUCUCAAGGUCCUCAAGGAUAUCCAGAAGAAGGAGGACUUUAUCAAAAAGUGCGAAGACGAGAUUGCCGUCAUCGACAACGACCUUCGCGAAGCCGACUGUGGCCGGACCCGUGUUUUGGGUAAGGACCGAUUCUGGAACCGGUACUACUGGUUCGAACGCAACGGCAUGCCGUACGGAGGGCUCCCGGACAGCUCAACCGCUGCCGCCGAGUACGCCAACGGCUGCAUAUGGGUGCAAGGCCCCGACGAGCUGGAGCGCCAAGGCUACAUUGACACCGACCCCGAGUACCAGGCCGAAUACCAGACCAAGUUUGCCAUGACGGUGCCGGACCGGAAGAAGUUGGAAGAGGGCCCCACCAGCGUCUUCAAUGCCCACCAAUGGGGCUACUAUAGCGAGCCGGAGCAGGUCGACGAGCUCCUCAAGUGGCUGGAUCCCCGGGGCUUCAACGAGCUGCGGCUCAGGAAAGAAAUCGUGGCGUUCCGCGACAAGAUUGUUCAGCACAUGGAGAACCGCAAGACGUACCUCGCCGCCGCGGAGCCCGAGGAGCAGCAACAGGAGGAGGAGGAAAAGGAAAAGGAAGAGAAGGAGAAGAAGGGCAAGAGGCGCGACUCGAAGCGCAUGAGCACGCGAGGCCGCCAGCACGAGCCGACGCCCGAACCCACAAACUACCGCUGCCUCGCGUGGGAGAAUUCCACGGCGAUGGAGGAGCUCGGCCAUCUCCACUCGGAGCCGCCGCCGCCGCCUCCGAGACCAAAGAAGCAGACGGCCAAGAAGCGACAGGCCGUGGAGCCGUCGCCCGAACCCGCGCCCGCUCCCAAGACGAGGCGGCGGAAGUGAGGAAGAAGAAAAAAAGUACAUGUCGGCUGCGGACUGUCGCUGUAGCAGCCUUUCUUAACUGUAAUUAUAGACACAUCUUUUUGGUUCACGACGAUACAAGGAACACUGCUGGCGCGCGGGUUGUGGGAGCCGUUUCCCACUCAGUUAGACAUGGUUGGAGUUUGAUGAGCCGAAAAACGGGCCUGGCUGAAACAAGAAAAAAGCGGUUGUUUUUUGUGAGCAAUUGAACAGCAUGGCCCGACGUUGGUGAAGGAUUUCCAUUUAGCAUUGGGCGGGGCUGUUAUCUGGGCGGGCGGCGUGCGUGGUCUCUGCAUAUUCACUACAUGGGGGCCAGGAUUUAUAGACUCUCCAAAAGAAUCACUUUGAUGACGAC